GUUUAUUUUUAUUGCAAAACAAAUUAAGAGCAGCACAACAACGACCGCUGAUAGAUGUUCGCAUUAAUAAUUCCGAAGUAAUGAUGAUAGCUUGUCGUUAUCACUAAUCGUUGCAUUUUGUGUAUACACAACGGAAACAGCAGUUUGAUAUUGAUCUUCGACUUUUCAGAACUCUCACUCGAACUUUGUCAUCUUUUCACACAACGCCAUAUAGUACAUGUAUGUAAAUGUACUUGCCAGCCAGCUAAACAGUGAAUGUGUAUCAAUAGCAUUAAAUAAAGUGCAAGAACACUGCCAGAAAUAAAGAGACAGCAUCAUUUUGGGUGUCUGCACUUGCACAAGCUAAUUAAUUAGCAGCCAAUAACAAAAACAGCAUUAGGAACAAUAACAGAAGCAAUGGCCGGCAUUGAGGAACGUUUCCAGGCUGCUGUCAACGUGAUCAAGGGACUGCCCAAAAAUGGACCCUAUCAGCCCAGCAACAGCAUGAUGCUCAAGUUCUAUGGCCUCUUUAAGCAGGCAUCGGAGGGCGGUUGUGUGCAGAAUAAGCCUUCCUUUUGGGAUGUGGUUGGCCGAGCUAAAUGGGAGGCAUGGAAUAAGAAUCGGCAUUUGACCAAGGAGCAGGCCAUGCAACGCUAUGUGGAGGGUCUGCAGGAGAUCAUUGAGACAAUGUCGUUUACCGAGAAUGUUCAAAACUUUGUGGGCAGCCUUGAUGGUCUGAGCAACAUUAAUUUGGAUGAACUGGAACUGAUAUCGCCAGGCAUGAAGGAGUUGGCUGAAUCGCAUCCCAACUCUCCAUUUCAUUCGCGCACAAAUAGUCCUCAGCAUGGAUCCAGUUCGAAUAACUUGACGGAUACGCCAGUAACUGCGACAGCGACAGCAACGGAGGGAUUAACUAAUGGCCACAUAACGACGCCCCUGACCAAUGGCUAUGCAACCAAGACGAGCAACGGAUAUGCAACUCAUGAUUCGAGCAUUAACAACAACAAUUACACAAACAACAGCAGCGUGGCCAUUGUGGAGCCAUCCGAUGAUGAGUAUGAUGAUCCCUACGACACAAUGCUGCCACAGGAGCUCACACAGGCGAUUACCCACAAUACAGAUCUGUUGCGGCAAAUCCAGAGCACAAUUUCUAGUAUGAACAACGAUAUGGCUGCAGUGCAGCAACGUGUGCGCAGCGUGGAGCAAUCGCUGCUGGAGCUGCGCAAUGCACAAAAGUCACGACCGCCGAGUGGACGACAGCAGCCUGUCUGGUGGCCAUUCAAGGAUAUAUCGCCACUCUGGUUCGCCGUUCUGGUGCUUUGGCCUUUCCUGGUGCGACGAGUUGCGCGAUUGGUGGAAAGCAGACGCCGCUGACAUCGCACAGCUUUAGGCUUUAGAUUAGCUUAAUUGGUAUGGUAGUUAAAUUAUACUCUUGGUUAUGGGUACGAGCUUUGUCUGGCUUGCUUCGAUCCUCGAAUGCGUUCUACAGAGAUUGGCCUUAUCUUUAGUUUCUUACGGUUAUCCAGUUGCAAUAUGUAUCGUUUAAAAAUGGAUCUAUGUUUAUGUUUUUGUAUAUUUAUGUUGUAGUAACAAAAAUCAUAAGCACAUAAGCUAUUUGUACCACA